AUAGAACAACCCUUCACGAUAUCGUAGCUCAUUCAUAUCAAACGAAUCAAUGCUUAAAACACUUUUCUUCCUUCCCCUUCUCGGUAUUAAGAUGAAUAAUAUGAUGUUGAAUUAGGUGAUGAUAUAUGGUUGCUCUCACUUCAGGGUUUACGGGGUUUCCUUUAAAAGGGAUUAUAUUGAUCAAGGGGCCCACACCAUGGCAUGGUUAAGGAUCAAUUUGACUCUGAUACCAUGUUAAGAUCUGAGGUUCCAUCCUAAAAGCCAGCGGCCCAAACCGGUGCUAUUUGUGAAGCGUGUUUUGCUUGGGCCAAUCACGAUUAGGUCCGGAAAAGAGUAAAAAGUUUGAAGUGGGGGGGAUCGGUCCUGGCCUGGGUUCUCCACACAAACCAGCAUAGUACCUACCAUCGGACUGAAUGGUUGCAAGGACCGCAUGCAAAAUGCCCUUAUUGUAAUGGGAGAAAUAGGAGGAAAUGACUACAAUGUUCCAUUUAUGCAAGACCAUCCUACUAAAGAAGUCAUGGCAUAUGUCCCUGAUGUUAUUAACGUCAUCAGCUCAGCUAUUAAUGAAUUAGUUGAACUUGGAGCUCAAACACUGAUUGUUCCUGGAAAUCUACCCAUUGGAUGUUCAGCAGCCUACCUCACUCAUUUCUCAACUACUAAUAACAAGGAUUAUGAUGCCAAAACCGGAUGUCUUAACUGGCUUAAUGACUUCUCUCGUUACCAUAAUCAGCUCCUUCAGGAUGAACUUGGUCGUCUUCGCCAACUUCAUCCAAAUGCCAAUAUUAUUUAUGCCGAUUAUUACAAUGCAGCAAUGAGAAUUUAUCGGGCACCUAGCAAAUUUGGAUUUAAAAGUACGACAAGUGCAUGUUGUGGUGGAGAAGGUCCAUAUCAUUAUAAUUUCUCUGUUCGGUGUGGACGAGAGGGAUCAACGGUGUGUGGUGACCCUUCGACCUAUGUUAGUUGGGAUGGAAUUCACUUAACGGAGUCUGCUUACUAUGAGAUAGCAAGAGGAUUGCUUGAAGGUCCAUACACAAUUCCACGCCUGAAUGAACUUUUUUCAUUCAAGAAUAGCUUUCGUAUACACAAGGACAAGGAUACGAAAGUGAGAGACUAUUAAGUCUUAUGGGAACAAUGUGUGAAACCUUUAUAUUAUGUUACAUAUACUUUUGUAAUUCAAAUAAUCAGCUCAAAGCUGAUAUUCCAUGUAUAAAGAAGUUUAUUAUUUAUUUGAACAUAGACCAGAGGAUAUUAUGGAGUGCUUCAUAAACAUCUUCUGGCCUUCAUCCAGUUUGUUCAUAAAUGGCUUUAAACCCAUGUUUAAUUUA